ACUCACUUCUCGGCAGUCCACAGACGAUAUAACCAACGUUCGGUCUAAGGCAGUCUAACCUCAAACUCGUCGAUUUAAGGAAUUGCGUUGUAACAUUCAAUUGUCAACGAAUUUAAGGCCGCAAAAUGUCCGAGCGCAAAGUUUUGAACAAAUACUAUCCGCCAGAUUUCGAUCCGUCGAAGAUUCCGCGCAUGAAACUCGCGCGGAAUCGCCAAUACACCGUACGACUGAUGGCACCGUUCAACAUGCGCUGCAAAACUUGCGGUGAAUACAUCUACAAGGGCAAAAAAUUUAACGCACGUAAGGAGGACGUCGAAGGCGACGAUUACCUGGGAAUACGCAUUUACAGGUUUUACAUUAAGUGCACCCGUUGCCUGCAAGAGAUAUCCUUCAAGACUGAUCCGAAGAACACGGAUUACGAGAUCGAGGCAGGUGCAACAAGAAAUUUCAUGGCGUUAAAACUGGCCGAGGAGCAGGCACAGCGUGAGGAGGACGAAGAGAAAGAGGAGGAGGCGACAAAUCCAAUGAAGCUGCUGGAGAAACGAACGCUUCAAUCAAAACAAGAGCUGGAAUUGCUCGAGUCCCUUGAGGAGUUAAAAGAUCUGAAUCGUAGGCAGCAGACCAUUAACUACGAUCAAAUGCUGGAGCAAUUUGACACAGGGGCUGUCCGGCAGAAGACGGAGAAGGAAUUGGAAGAGUUAGACGAGCAAUACAUCAAGUCCGUCUUUGGCAAAAAACCAUUAACUGGAACUAUUGUAGAGGAGGAGAUUGAGGAAGUAGAAGAAGAAGAGAGCAUUGAGCCCAUUAAAAAAAGAUCUAAAACAGAUCAAGAGGAUAGUACGGAAAUGGAGAGUUCUGGAGAAGUUUCGAAACCUGCGAAGAUGUCAUUAUGGUCAGAAAGUCAAACAGGCUUAUCCUCCGCUAAGAAAAAUCCGCCCACCUUGGUGAAGAAGAGCAACUUCGGUAUAAAGAUAAAGGCAUCGCAAAGUAAGACGUCUGCGAUCGAGAGCACGGUCAGUGAGACAAUUUCGCGAUCAGAUGAAAAUCCUUCGACGAGCCCCUCAAAUACGACAACGAGCAUUAAAUCGAAUGUUGCAAGCAAUAGUCUUUCGUUAUUAGGUGCAUACUCCGACAGUAGUGACAGUAGCGACUAGACAGAGAUUAAUAUACGUGUUUAAAAUGUGAUUAUUUUUAUUAAUAAAAUAAAUAUAAUGUAUACAAAAUAUAAACGGAAUCUACAAACGGCGCGAUUACAAAUAUGUUUCGCUAAAGGCCUCGAAAUAUAUAAUAUAAUUGUACAAACUUUGACAUAUAAUUAUGACGUUUUACAUAUAAUUUUGAGCAUGCCUUCAGGCAGAUCAAACGUACAGUGAUUUGAGACAAUUUAUUAAUCCGACGUGCGUGUGAGUUGCGGGUUGAUACUUAUUGACUGUUUGCCGACGUAUUACGAAGUUUCUUACAGGAUGCCGAAGGUUCUACUCCUAGAACACAAAGGAAGAAAGAUUAUCAAAAGCAUGAAGGGAUUGAAGGAUCGGUCUGUUCGUAAGGCUAGGCACUCCUGUAAGAAACUCCGUUAUCAGGUUGAACACCAAUACAAUGCAGCAGGGAGUACCUAGCCUACUAGACUGUGUUAACACACUCGAGAUAAGAUUGUUUUUUUAAUUUUGUUACGAGAUGAAGAAGAUAUGCAGAUGUUAAUUUGAGAAAAAUCUAUCUUGAGUGCGUUAAUGAGUGUGACUGUUUAUUGUGUAUAUCUCUAAUGACAACGUCAACGACCGAUUUAUUAGAAACAAUGAUUAUUUACGUUAUAAUGUCAACGUAACUUAAAAUUUAAUUAUCGUUACACUUUUGUAAAUAAAUUGUACAAAAUAGAUUAAACUAAUGUAACUAUUACUAGAUAUAAUUGCAUUGCAAUAUUUUUGUUUCUGAAUAAAUUUGCGUUUUAGAGGAGAAAUAAAUUAUUUUAAU